CUUUCUCUGGUAAACUAGAACUUUAUUGAUCGUCAAGUGUGUUUGUUCUUCCUUCAAAUUCUCAAUCUGCCAUUAUGUCUUCUUCUUCUUCUUCUUCUUCUUCUUCAUCAUCCUUGAAAAAAUAUGAUGUGUUCUUGAGUUUUAGAGGUGAUACCCGCCAUACGUUUACAGAUCAUCUCUAUACUAAUAUAAACAAGAAAGGACUGAUUUACACAUUCAAGGAUGAUUAUGAACUCCAAAGAGGAGAAAUCAUUGCCCCGGCAUUAUUUAAAGCGAUCGAAGAUUCCAGAAUCGCGAUCGUUGUUCUGUCGGAAGAGUAUGCUUCUUCAACUUGGUGUUUGAAAGAACUUACCAAGAUUGUUGAAUGCCUGGGAACCUCGGAAAACAUUUUACCAAUUUUCUAUCAUGUGGAUCCAUCUGAUCUAAGGAAGCACACAGGAAGUUUUGGGAAAGCAUUGAAGGAACAUGAACAAUCUGGUAAGCACGACCCUGCUGAGAUACAACAAUGGAAAGAUGCUUUAGAGGCUGUUGCCAAUAUGGCUGGCUCGACUGUGGAGGAAAAAAAAACGCAUGAAGCAAAGUUCAUAGAUGACUUCGUUAACAUAACUCUAUCACAAAAACUGGGCAUUCCAUCAACAAAAACUUUAAGCGGCCUAUUCGGGAUGGAAUCACGUCUGAAGAAGUUAGAGUCACUUCUUGUGAAAUCUGCGGCCUCAGGUGAUGAUGAUGCUCACUUUAUUGCAAUCUAUGGAAUGAGCGGAAUUGGCAAGAGUACUCUUGCCAGAACUUACUAUGAUGGUAAGCGGAUGUCGGAUAAAUUUAAUGGCAAUAGUUUUCUUGCAAAUGUUAGAGAAGUUUGCGAAAAGAACGAGAAUGGCCUUGUUCGUUUGCAGAAACAACUUCUUCAGGACAUUUUAGGUGUCUCUUUUGAAAUAGGGGAUGUUAGCACUGGAGUUGAAUUGAUAAAAGGUAGGCUACGUCGCAAAAGAGUUAUUGUGGUUCUUGAUGAUGUUGACAGUGUAGAGCAGCUAAAUGCAUUGGCUGAGGAAGAUAAGUGGUUCGGUAAAGGUAGUAUUAUCAUCGUGACAACCAAGAAUCAAAGUUUACUAAGCAAAAAAUUUCAAAGAUAUGAAGCCGAAGUGUUAAAUCCUAGUGAAGCUCUUCAACUGUUUACGUGGAAAGCUUUCGAAACUGCUCGUCCUCCCAACGAUUAUAUUGAGCUUUCGAAACAAGUUGUAAAAGAUGCCAAUGGACACCCAUUAGCUCUUCAAGUUUUCGGUUCCUUUUUACGUCACAAAGAUAUGAAAGAAUGGGAAAGUGCACUGGAGAUAUGGAAAAGGUAUUCAAAAGAGGAUAUCGUUAAGAGACUUAAAAUAAGUUUCGAUGCGCUCGAGAAGCUAAAUAAACAUAUUUUCCUAGACAUUGCAUGCUUCUUCAAUGGUUAUGAUAGAGAUUAUGUUGCAGAAAUUCUGAAAAUUAGAUAUGGUUUGUCUCCACAAAGUGUGAUCGGUACACUCAUUGAUAAGUCUCUCUUGAGCACUCAAGGUGGAAAUCACAGAUCACUUCGGAUGCAUGAUCUACUACAAAAAAUGGCUAAGGACAUUGUUAGAAACGAAUCAUCCGAUGAGCCAGGGAGACAGAGUAGACUGUGGGAUUGGUCUGAGUUUUGCCAUGUUUUAGAUAAUAACACGGGAACCGAAAAAGUCGAAGCAAUAGUAACCUUUCAAAAAGAAAGCACAGGAUUGAGUUUUGAAGCUAUCUCGAACAUGAAAAGACUAAAACUGCUCAUGAUUUUGGACUCACCGGAGACAGAGAGUGACUAUGGUUUGACAUCCGUUAAUCUUGAAUAUCUUUCUAAUGAUCUACGAUUGCUUCACUGGAAUGGAUUUCCAUUCAAAAACUUUCCAUCAAGUUUCCGACCAAAUGAACUCGUUCAAUUGACAUUGAUCCAGAGCAAUCUCGAACACCUUUGGAACAGCUCUAUCAAGCCUUUACGCAACUUGAAAGUCAUCGACCUGCGGUAUUCGGGAUAUUUCCACACAUUCGGAGACUUUAAGGCGGUUCCAAAUCUUGAGAGGUUGAUUCUCGAAGGAUGCGUGGCACUGUCUGAGAUUCAUCCUUCCAUCACAUCACUUUCAAAGCUUAUCAUAUUGAACCUGAAAGAUUGCUCAAGUCUGGAAAGUUUCCCGGAGACAUUGAGAGGUUUGAAUUCUCUCCAAACUCUAAACCUUAAUGGUUGUUCAAAGCUUUCCAAAUUACCAGAGGACAUUGGGGAUUUGAAGAGUUUGAGAAAGCUUGGUGUGACAGGAAGUGGUGUAAAUUACCUGCCAUCUUCCAUCAAUCUUAACAAAGACCUUGAAAAACAAUUUAUUGAAGAAAUUCAGUACUUGCCUCCACCAAUUGUCCAGGACAAUUUGCCCUCCGAUCUUCGUUAUUUGAAAAAACUGGAUCUAAGCCGUCGCAAUCUUUCAAAUGAAGCAUUUCCUUAUGAAUUUGGCUGCUUAAUUUCCUUAGAAGAUUUAGACCUCUGUGGCAACCCCUUUUCGGCCCUGCCUCCGAGUAUCAAAGCACUAUCUAAGCUUAAAAAGCUGAACUUGGAGUUUUGUCAACGCCUAACAAGUCUUGGUCCAGAGCUUCCAUCUAGUCUAGAAAUGGUGAAUGUUAACUGUUGUACUUCACUGGAGUCCUUCUUGGAUCCAACAAAGCCGAACCACGACAUGCGUUGUUCGGCAUUCUGUGUGGUCUGCUUGAAGCUGGUAGAGAAACAGGACAGCCAAAUGACAGCAAUUGCAGCCCUGGAAAGAUAUCUUUCCCAGCAGAAUAGCCAUCAUUCAAGCCAAUGUUUCCAAAUUGUUCUCCCUGGAAAUGAAAUCCCAGAGUGGUUCACCGAAAAAUCUUCAGGAUCAUCAAUAAGUAAAGAACUAAAUCCGGAUUGGAGCCGCAAAGAGUUUGAAGGUUUGGCUUUGGCCGUGCGCUAUCGUUCAGAGUACCCGCGUGUUAAUUUUCUUUGUAAGAUGAGAGUUGACGAUAGAAAGGUGGUAAUGGCACGGCAUUAUCAUAGUUACGUUGGAGACUCAGACCACCUUUGGCUAUUGUUUGUGCCUUGUGAUACUUUAUCAAUGUUUGAUAGCCGCGGCAGAAACCUUAAGAUUUCAUUUCGAGCUGAACACUGCGAUGACUCCUUUUGUGGACCUUGUGGUGUUCGUUUGGUGUACAAGAAAGAUAUAGAAGAGCUCAACAAAAUUACCAGCAACUACCGCAAUGAUCAACAAGGGUACCAUGUGCAUUCCUCACGUUCCAAGAGUGAGGCAAUUGUAAGCUCGUCUUCAACAAAAUUUAAGAAGCUUGCAAUCAGUAGUACUCCCAAAAUUGUCAAGGCCCAUUUGCCCUCUGGUGACCUUCGUUCUAUAAGAGAAUUGGAUCUAAGUGGUCAAAAUCUUUCAAAUGAAGCAUUUCCUGAUGACUUUGACCGCUUAUUUUCUUUAGAAGAUUUAAAUCUCAACAACAACCCUUUUUCUGCCCUGCCUAAGAGUAUCAAAGCACUAUCCAAGCUCAAAAAGCUCUCCUUGGAACAUUGUGAACGUCUAAGAAGUCUGGGGCCGGAGCUUCCAUCUAGUCUAGAAAUGGUAAGUGUUGACUACUGUACUUCACUUGAAUCGUUCUUGGAUCCGAAAGUGCCCAACGACAUCCAUUGUUCAGCAUUCUGUGUGGACUGCUUCAAGUUGGUAGAGAGACAGGACAGCAAAACGACAGCAUUUGGAGCCCUGAAAGGAUAUCUCAAGAAUCGCCGUCAUUCAAGCCAAGGUUUUAACAUUGUUCUUCCUGGAAAGGAAAUCCCAGAAUGGUUCACAGAACAAUCUUCAGGACCAUCAAUAAGUAAAAAACUAAAUCCAGAUUGGUGUGACAAUGUGUUUGAGGGUUUUGCCUUCGCCGUGUGUUUCGGUUCUGAUUCCCCUGAUCAUUUUUCUUGGCAUGUGAGAGUUGAUGAUAAAAAGAGUGAAAUGGCUAUGGGAUUAGGUGGUUACAAAGGAAGCUCAUCACAUCACCUUUGGCUAGUCUUUGUGCCUUGUGAUGGCGACUACACACCGAUGUUGGAGUGGGAAGAUAGCCGUGGCAACCUCGAGAUUUCAUUUCAUGCUAAAACCAGCGACGAAUCAUGCUUUACAUCUUGUGGUGUUCGUUUGGUAUACAAGAAAGACAUUGACCGAUUCAAUCAAUUUACCUGGACGUAGGCAAUCAAAAGGAGGAUGUUCAUUCCUCCUCACGUUCGAAAAGGUAGGAAAUUAUACUAAAAGUAUUGUUUUUUUUAUCACUACUAGUAAUGGUCAUGAAUAUCUCAUACUUACUUGCACUUGAAGAAAAGUCUGUCAGUGUUUUUGUUAAACUCUCUUUUCUUUGGCAUAUCACUUGCAGUUGAAGAAAAGUUUGUUAGUGUUUUUGUGAAAGUCUCUUUUCUGUGGUAAAUUAACCCUGAUCUCUUCCUCUUAGUCAUUGUUUUUUCCUUUCUUAUUGAUUCUUCUACUUUGUCCUAGUAUUAUUUUGUUAUUUGUGUUCUAACUUUUUUUUUAGUUGGUCUUGAUGUCAUUUUAUUUUUGCAUUAUGUGAAUUUUUAUUGUGCGAAGGGUGCUCAAAUAUUAACAGGUGAUCUUCAAGCUCAGAGAGCGAUUUCGGGUCUAUAUCGGUGGUGGCAGCGGCGUUAAGUUACUGAAGGUUUUCUCCAUUUUUCACAGGCAACAACAUGCCAAGUGGGUAUCAUUUAAUUAGGUUCUUUUAAUGUUUAGUCGAAAUUCUAAUA